CGGUGGGAAUCGAAAGGGAGAGAGAGAUCUUCCGGUUCGUUCCCAGCCUCUGUCGGUUUUCUCUCGACGGGCGGCGAGGGAGCGGUUCCGCCGUCCGAGGCGGACCUUCUUCGAGCUGCGGCGAUGAUGAAGAUUCCCGCCAAGGCCAAGGCCUCGCUCGUGCUGCUCACCGCCGCCGGCCUCACCUUCCAAGCCGCUUCGGCCUCCGACCUUCUCCCGCUCUCUCGCCAUUCUCCCCUCGCCUCUUCUCCUCCUCCGACGGCGACGGCGGAUCUCGCCGGCAAGGUCGGGGCGUUGAUCGACGGCGUCUCGCGCUCCUCUCGCGCUGUCUCCACGGUCGCGAUCACCGUCGUGGACUACGAGAUCUCUUUGCGCGGCCUUUCGCGGGACUCCGAGGAGUAUCUUCGCAAACUAUCUGAGGUACAUUCACGGUCAGCUAAGAGAAUUUUGGAGUUAUGUGAAGCCAACAAAGGCUUCUACGUCAAAGCUGGUCAAUUUGUUGCAGCCCUCAGGCAGGUUCCUGAGGAAUAUGUAUCGAAGCUUUCCUCAUUACAGAAUAAGGCAGUCCCUUGUCCUUUCAAGGCAAUAAGAGAUGUACUGAUCAACAACCUUGGACAAGAUUUAUCAUGCAUAUUCUGUUCAUUUGAUGAAGUGCCAAUAGCUGCUGCAUCUAUAGCUCAGGUUCAUCGUGCAGUGCUAAAAGACAGUAAUGAAGUAGCAGUUAAGGUACAAUACCCAGGGUUAGACCGCCAGAUGAAACUAGACAUGAUGAUCAUGUCUUUCCUCUCAAAAUCCAUCACGUGGCUCUUUCCAGAGUACAGAUUUGAGUGGCUUGUGGGAGAAUUCGUCAAAGCUAUCUCCUUGGAACUUGAUUUUAUCCAGGAGGGAAAAAAUGCUGAGAGAACUGCCAAGAACUUUAUCUCCAAUGACAAGGUCAAGGUCCCUAAAGUAGUAUGGGAGUUGACGACGAGCCAGGUCCUGACAAUGGAAUUUUGCAGGGGAAGCAAGGUUGAUGAUUUAGAAUAUAUGGAGAAGAUGGGAAUAGAUCCAACAAAGGUUGCAAGAACACUGGUGGAAGUCUUUGCUGAAAUGAUAUUUGUUCAUGGGUUUGUGCAUGGAGAUCCUCACCCUGGUAAUAUAUUAGUUUCUCCAGAGGGCAAAUCUGGAUUUUCAUUAGUUAUUCUUGAUCAUGGGGUUUACAAACAACUGGAUGAGCAAUUUAGAUUGGACUAUUGUCAGCUCUGGAAAGCUCUGAUUCUUUCAGAUUCAACUAGAGUACAGCAGCUUAGCGAAUGUUUUGGUGUUGGCAAGUAUUCUAGAUAUUUCCCUCUCAUUUUAACUGGAAGAACCAUUGACAGUAAAUCAGCUCUUGGGGAGGCUAUGUCAGUUGAGGAGAAAGGGAAGUUAAAGAAAGAUCUCAAAUCCUUACGAAUGGAGGAUGUCUCAUCAUUUGUGGAAGCCCUGCCUCCAGACUUCUUAAUAGUACUACGUGCAGAUGGGCUACUGAGGGCAAUCAUUCGCAAGUUAUGCGCUUCUCAACGACUGAGGCUGUUAACUUAUGCAAGAUUUGCACUCUACGGUCUUUUCCAAGAGCCAACUACUCAAUCUGCGCUUUCAGGUUCUGCGGCUGCAGUACUCUUUUCCAAACUCAGGGGAAACUUGAGUUACCUUAAAGUGAGAGUUGUCCUUGGGUUGCUGGAGUUGCUUUCCUGGAUGGAAAGGGCAAGGCGCUUGCUAUUUAAGAUGAUAAACCAUCUGUAUGUGGCCACAGGACCGUCUGUUAAAGGACAUUAUUUAACUUCUGCAUUGUAGAUCUUGUUGCAUGGACAGCUUAAAAUUUUGAGACAGAUGCAAUGAAGGGAUGCAUAUGAUGGCUUUGGCAAUCCAACGGCUGGUGAUUUUGGCUUAAAGCUCUAGAUGGAUGAUUGCGUUAUCAAUCUGUUCUCUCAAUUCAAACAUGGGGUCAAUCCCAUAAUUGAUAUCCUUUCAGAAGUUUUUUAGUCAAUAACUCAAUACCAAGUUUAUCGUUCUUCAUGCAUGGCAUUGAUGUUGGACAUCAACUUGAUCCAUCAUUGUAUCGUAAAUAUCCGGAGGCACUUCAAUUCAUCUGUAACUUCGCAGUUUUGGCAAUAAUCGUGCAUCGAUGAUUCAUGAA